UUGGCCCUGUCGGCCUUUGUUCUUGUUGGUCACAUCAGUUGGCUUUGACUGUUGCAGCCUGAUGGAGUGUGGAAGGGAAAGACGAGUAUGGGACUGCAGGAUGCCAAUGCUGCUAUCAGUUCAGCAGGGCGACGGUCCAAGUGGAGGGAAGCACUGCAACUUUUUCAGGAUCUACAGUCUGCCUUGCGCCCCAGUGCUGUGUCCUUCGGCGCUUGUAUCAAUGCCCUGGGCCGAGCCAAACAGUGGCAGAGGAGCCUCCAGCUGUUGCAGCAGCUGCGGGCGUCCGGCCUGGCGUUUGGCGUCAUCGAGUGCUGCGGCGCAUUGAAGUCCUGCAGUGGAGCCUCAGAGUGGCAGCAGGGUUUGGAGAUCUUGGAGCUGAUGGGUGACUUGCAGAUUGAGCUUGAUGUGGUCGCAUGCAAUACAGCGCUGACUGUAUGCGAUGUCCAAUGGCAAAGGGCUUUAGAUAUCCUACAGCAGACGCAGGAUCGUGAGAUCUCCACCUUGAUCACCUACAGUUCCGCCAUUAGUUGCUGUGAGAAAGCACGCAAGGCGGCCGUGGCUGUGGAUCUGUUUGAAGAGUUGCGAAUGGCCGGACAUGAAGCCAACACCAUCGCCUUCAGCGCCGCCGUGAGUGCCUGCGAGAAGGGGCAACAGUGGCUGGCUGCACUGCGCCUGCUGCAGCAACCGGCGAUGCAGUUUCUGCAGCGUGACGUGGUGCUGCUGGGCGCUCAACUUUCAUCCUUGGGUGCAGGGCAGCGCUGGCGCCAAGCCGAAGAGCUUCACACUUCCAUGGCGGCGAGUGCUUUGAGAACCAACCGCAUCUGUGGCAACGCGCUGUUGUCAGCGUACGAGAAGCCUCUACAGUGGCGGAAGGCACUGGAGGCCUUUGGGGCUCUGGAAUGUCUACAGCCUGAUGCAGUGAGCUUCAGUGCCAGCAUCAGCUGUGUGGAGAAGUGCCAGCAGUGGCAUUUGGCACUGCACCUUUGUGCCGCAGGUCCCAGGUCUCAAGUCGCCCUGCAUGGUGCGAUGACCGCAUGCGCCGGCCGCGCCUGGAUACACACCUUGGGACUCUUGAGGCGAAUGAAGCAGCUCAAGCUGGCAGCCAACAACGUGACCUACACCGCCAUCUUGGAGGCCUGUCAGGGUCGAAGUACACCGGGCGGGCAGCUGCGGCUGCUGUCGGAGAUGAAAGCCAGUUGGUGCAGCUUAGAUGCUGUUGCCUACACAGCAGCCGCCGAUGCGUGUGACCUGUCUGGGGACCAUGGCUUAUUGCUGGAUUGGCUUGCAAACUGCGAAAGAAGCAGCCUAUUGCUUUUGACCUGAGGGGAAGCCAGUGGCGAACCAGCCACCGGUACCUCCUGUGUACUUGAAAGAGGGAUCGGCAAGGCCAUGGGGAAAAGCAUUCGGCUGAGCAUCGUGGCGCUGCAUAGCGUGGAUGGCGUGCAUCAGCAGUUCAAGGAGCUGGUGAAGUUGGCUGAGGAGCUCCGGCGCCGCUGGGUC